UAUUUCCCUUUUCUUUCUUUCCCAGUUAAAUCAAAGUAAAAAUACAUCCUUUUUCAAAAUAAAUAUCAUUAAACAAGUUAUCUGUAUUUAGGACAGAUAAAUAUGUGGAAUUAUUUUCCCAAAGAUUAGUAGUAACUCACACACGAGCGAUGCUUGCAUAAUUUUUAAAUAUAAGUAUACUGAAAAAACAUGCUAGUACUGUAUUUUCAAAAGUAAGUUUCUAUUCCUAGAACUAAAACACAACACAAUUGUUGUGAGAUACAUAAAUGAAGCCAAUACUUUUAACCAAGGACUUGCCAUUUUCCUGCAGGAUGUUCCUGGCAAGGGAGGUUGCCCUAGUCCUACAAGCAACCUCCUAUAAGCAACCUAGGUGGCAGCAUCUCCUCCCAGCGGAAGACCUAAACAGACAAGUUAUUCCUUCCAUCUACAAACGCUGGAAACCACGACUGGAAAGGUAAUAUGAUUGGCUAAGCCAUGAAUGACGCAAGAUAACCCACGCCCACUGAGAAUUGGCCUUUUUUAGCCAGGCUCAGAUCCCGCUUUCCGAUUGGUCCCUACGGCAAAUAGUGCAGGGACAAUUGCUUAAGUUGACCUCUGGGUCCGGAACAGCGGACAAAAAUGGCGGCGGCCAUGUGUUGGAGGCCUUUGCUCCGCAAUCCGAGGCUUUCAUUGCACACCGCGGCUGAUGCCGCCACUGCUGCAGAAACGACCUGCCAAGAUGUCGCGGCGACCCCUGUCGCGCGGUACCCGCCGAUUGUGGCCUCCCUAACAGCCCACAGCAAGGCGGCACGGCAGCGGCGGAUCGAGCGCUGGCAGGCGAAGGUGCACGCUGCAGAGUCGGUAGACGAAAAGCUGGAAAUCCUCACCAAGAUGCAGUUCAUGAAGUACGUGGUUUACCCACAAACCUUCGCGCUGAAUGCUGACCGCUGGUACCAGUACUUCACCAAGACGGUGUUCCUGUCUGGUCUGCCGCCGGCCCCCGCGGAGCCCGAGCCCGAGCCCGCAUUGGACCUCGCGGCGCUGCGUGCGGCCGCCUGCGACUGCCUGCUGCAGGAGCACUUUUACCUGCGGCGCAAGCGGCGCGUAUUCCGCCACCAGGAGAGGGGCGUUAUAAUUUCGCCCUUCCUGGAUCAGUUGGUGGCAACCCUCGUGGGCCUUCUCAGCCCACACAACCCGGUCCUGGCCGCCGCCACCCUCGACUAUAAACGCCCAGUUCAUUUUUACUGGGUGCGUGGUGAAGAAAUUAUUCCUUGUGGUCAUCGAAAAGGUCGAAUUGAUUCCUUGCGAUACCAGAUAGAUGAUAAACCAAACAACCAGAUUCGAAUAUCCAAGCAACUACCAGAGUUUGUGCCAUUGGAUUAUUCUGUUCCUAUAGAAAUCCCCACUAUAAAAUGUAAGCCCGAUAAACUUCCAUUAUUCAAACGGCAGUAUGAAAACCACAUAUUUGUUGGCUCAAAAACUGCCGAUCCUUGCUGUUAUGGUCACACCCAGUUUCAUCUGUUACCUGACAAAUUAAGAAGGGAAAGGCUUUUGAGACAAAACUGUGCUGAUCAGAUAGAAGUUGUUUUUAGAGCUAAUGCUAUUGCAAGCCUUUUUGCUUGGACUGGAGCACAAGCUAUGUAUCAAGGAUUCUGGAGUGAAGCAGAUGUUACUCGACCUUUUGUCUCCCACGGUGUGAUCACAGAUGGAAAGUACUUUUCCUUUUUCUGCUACCAGUUAAAUACUUUGGCACUGACUAAACAAGCUGAUCAAAAUAACCCUCGUAAAAAUAUAUGUUGGGGGACACAAAGUAAGCCUCUUUAUGAAACAAUUGAGGAUAAUGAUGUGAAAGGUUUUAAUGAUGAUGUUCUGCUUCAGAUAGUUCACUUUCUACUGAACAGACCAAAAGAAGAAAAAUCACAGCUGUUGAAAAACUAAAAAACCCGUUUGAUUGAGAACUCUGGGAAUAUUUAAAUGUCACUAAAGGAACAAUAAUGAUGAGAUCUGUAACUGUCAAAUAUUAAAUACAUUGAUUUUUGGGGCAAAUAUUUCUUAUGUCGACCUGUUAUUAGACCUCUUAUUCUACUCAAAUUCAUCACUGAAAGAUUGAAUUUUAGUUACCUUUUGUUGAUUUCAAAAUAAUUGUAUUUAUGUAUUGCUGAUAAGGCAAAUUGAGUUAUUGAGCUAUUAAAUGCAGAUUUUAAUAUAAAAGCAGAAAUUCCAAAUAAAAUGUUAACAUACUGAGUUCAAUAAUUAAAAGAAUCCACUACAGCCAGGUGCAGUGGCUCAAGCCUCUAAUCCCAACACUUUGGGAGGCUAAGGUGAAUGGAUCACUUGAGUCAAGGAGUUCAAGCCCAGCCUGGGCAACAUGGCAAAACCACAUCUCUAUUAAAAAUACAAAAAUUAGCCUGGCCUGGUAGUGUGUGCCCAUAAUCCCAGCUACUCUGGAGGCUGAGGCACAAGAAGUGUUGGAACAAGAGAGGCAGAGUUUGCGGAGUAGCGAGACUGUGCCACUGCAUUCCAGCCUGGGUGACAGAGUAAGACUCUGUCUCAAACAAACGAACCCACUACAGCAGGGUAGAAUUAAUCAGUUCAGUAAUGGACUAAUGUUAGGAAGUAAUGCUAAUAAAGAACAUAGUUGUUCAAAGGAGAAAAAUAAGGCUUUAUCAAAUUCUCAAUCUUGGUUUUAAAAGAAAAGAAAAAAGAUAUUAAGAGGACAGUAUAAUGGUGAAACAUAAGGGAUAACCCCAUUGAAAUCAAAUUACUCCAAGGUUUGCACUUUAUAUGCUUUAUUUGUUAAUCCAUUCCAAGUGCCUAGAAUCAUAUAAGUAAUCAAUAAAUGUUUGUUGAAUGGAUGUGAAUUAAUGAAUUUAAGGUAGUCACCCUUUUUCGUUUGAGGUCUGAUAUAUCUUCUUAUUUAUUUACUUUUUUUUUUUUUUUGAGACGGAGUUUUUGCUCUUGUUUCCCAGGCUCUAGAGUGCAAUGGCACAAUCUUAGCUGACUGCAACCUCCACCUCUUGGGAUCAAGUGGCUCUCCUCCCUCAGCCUUCCAAGUAGCUGGGAUUACAGACAUGCACCACUAUACCCGGCUAAGUUUUUGUAUUUAAUGGAGAUGGGGUUUUACCAUGUUGGUUAGGCUGGUCUCCCAACUCCUGACCUCAGGUGUCCACCCACCUUGGCCUCCCAAAGUGCUGGGAUUACAGGCAUGAGCCACUGUGCCCGGCCUCUUUACAUUGUAUAUUUCACAGCAAAGUUUAGAGUUUCUUUUAUCUCCAUGCGUUUCCUGUGUAUGCCUACAUUUUUGUGUAACUAGAAAUAGAAAUUUUUCUUUCAUAUUAUAAAGUGGAUUUAUAUAGGUGAUACUGAUAGCUGUAUGUUUUGUAAAAGACCAAUUUAAGUUGUUCAUUAAAGUCAAUAAUUUUUCAGUUGAUUUUCAUGAGCUGUAUAUAACCAAUAAUCUGAUUUGGGGUCUUCUGAAACUGCUUUCAAAUAGAUAGCCAUUAGUCCCUAGGUAGCAAAUUCCAAUGGACAGUUUUCUAUACUUAUUUUACUCAGUAAGGUCUGAUUUUGCAUGUCCAUAAGAUUAUGGACAAUUUUUUCCCCUAAUUAUCAUAUUUCUAAAAUUAUCCCCCAAAUGUGAGAGCAUUAUUUUUAUAAUCAAAAUAUUUUAAGAAACUAGUUGAAUGGUCUCUAAUAUGGAACUAUCAACAUGUAUCAAAUACCACUCAUUAUAAGCAAAUUCAUCAUGAAAUUAUAUUGUUUUUGAAAAGGCGUUUUAUGAUUACAUUUGUUAUUUAAGAAAAUGUUAUUUAAAGAAAUUUACAUAAGUUUCAUUAUACAUGUAUUUUAGCUUACUCAUCCCUGGAAACUGAAAACUUAGAUAUUAGGCAAGAGGGCUUUAGAUUUUUUUAUGAGAUAUUUAGUAGACCAGUACUAAGGUCUUAAUAUUUGUGUUUUUUGAAAAUUUAUGUUAAAAUCCUAACCCUCCACAACUACCGUAUUAGGAGGUAGGGCCUUUUGGAAGGUGACUGACUGGAGGGGGGUGCUGCACCUUCGUGAAUGGAAUUAGUGCCCUUAUAAAAAUGGAAUCCAAGGGAACUUUUUGCCCCUUAUACCCUGUGAGAACAUGGUGAGAAGGCACCAUCUAUGAGCCAGAGAACAGAUCCUCACCAAACACUGAAUCUGCUGGUGCCUUGACCUUGGACUUUCUAGCCUCCAGAACUGUGAGAAACAAAUUUCUGCUGUUUAUAAGCCGCCUAGUUUAUGGAAUUUUUUUUUAUUGUAGCAAAAAUAUACUAAGACAACCAAUAAAGUUAAAAUUACUA